UGAUACUCACAAGUGACGAACGUAAUCAGUCAGUAUCCGCUGUGUCUCCGUCAGUGCUGCAUCUCCGACCAGUCACUCCACAAGCAGCAGAGUGACUAUAGUGUUGCUUUGUUAGAUAAAAGCCGAAUAGGCAGACUGAAUUAAGAAUGAAAAACUUGGCCGGACUGAUCUUACUGGCAGCGGCGAGCCUGGGCAUCUCUCCACAUCCGCUCGCGAAUAAACGGACGCCACAGAUUAUUGCGUACUAUGGGUAUCCCGUGGAGGUCCACCUGGUCACUACAGAAGACGGAUACAUACUGGAGCUACACCGAAUCCCGCACGGCAUUAAGGAACCCCAGAACAGCACGAGUCCCAGACCUCCCAUACUGCUUCAGCACUGUCUGCUCUGUUCCUCGGCAGAAUUCGUCAUGAACACUCCCGAUAAGGCUCUUGCUUACUUAUUGGCUGAUUCAGGGUACGAUGUAUGGAUGGGCAACGUGCGAGGAAACACCUAUUCUAAGAAUCAUGUCUCUCUUUCACCUCGCCAGAAGGAGUUUUGGCAAUUUAGCUGGGCCGAGAUGGGAUAUUACGACCUGCCUGCCAUCAUCGAUUACGUACUGGACAAAACGCAGGCUGAAGAUCUGUAUUACGUAGGUUUCAGCAUGGGAACUACCAUUUUCUGGGCAAUGAUGAAUGACAGGCCGGAAUACAAUCAGAAGGUUCGCUGUAUGGUGGGGAUGGGGCCGGUCGCCUACGUUGGCAACGCAAAGGGACCCUUGGCUCGGGCGUCGUCGCAAGUCGUCUUGAUAGAGUCGCUGGCAAACUUCUUCGGAAGAUACGAGUUUCUGUCGUUUGGCGUCCUGAUGGACAAGGUUAUGGGUUUUGCCUGUGACGAACGAGUGUUUACCUCAGCCUUGUGCCGGAACAUUCUCUUCCGAAUGACUGGAUCUAAUGAGAAACAGCUAAAUAAGGAAUUUCUGCCUGUUUUUCUAACUAAUACCCCAGCUGGAACCUCCGUAUGGACGGUCACGCAUUACCUUCAGGAGAUAAAAUCAGGUAACUUUCAGAGGUACGAUUAUGGUGAGGAGCUCAACCAACAGAAAUACAAUUCGAAAUAUCCCCCAAAGUACGACCUUAGCAAAGUUGUAGUUCCUGUAGCGCUUUUCUCCUCGGAAAAUGACUGGCUUGCUGCACCCAAGGAUGUCGAGCAACUGCGCCUUGAACUUCCAAAUGUUGUGUACCACAAGGUUGUUGCGGAUCCAAUGUUCACACACUUGGACUUUGUGUGGGCAAAAGAUGCUGAUCAACUUGUGUACAAGCACGUACUGAAGAUCCUGGCUAUUUUCUGAGGAUUAUUCGAAGUCAAAGUUCAACCUGUAUCAUCGCUAUGUCUUUUUUCAGAACUUUAUUUGAGUAAACAGUAUAUCCUCUUCCAACUGUAUGAACAUUUAAAGAAGGAAUAUGUUUUGCUUAUUUUCACAUUAUUGCCAACUUCAAAGUUAUAAUAUGUGCGGACAUCCCACCUGCACUAAUAUUAUAAUGAACUGAAACAAGUAUUCAGACCGACAGUGAACCUAAGGAAUGCACACUUUACGAGUGGUAGUAGUACAUUUUGUAGUAGCAUUCUAACAUACUGCUGAUUACACUUUUCAUGGAUAUAUGAAGAAGCUGAAAGUUUGGUUGAUAAAAAGUAACAAAUC